AUGUUUCUGGAUAAACAUGCUUGUCUCCUGGCCGGAGUCCUCGGCAUGAUGGCUCUGGCUCCCCAGGCCUCUGCCGCUCCUUGGGGUCAUUGGCACGACCGUCAUCCUCACGGCUCUGGAGACCGUGGCGAUGGAGGCCUCUCCAGCACCCCCAGCUUUACUCCUACUCCCAGCUCUCAGCCCACGGGUGUCUUCAGCAUACAGCCCGUCGAGCCGACCGGUGUCUUCAGCGUGAAUCCAACUCUGGGUGCCAGUUCGACUGCUGCGGCCACUCCGUUGGCCUCCGUGGCCUCCGUGGCCUCGAUCAGCUCGGGUUCUACAAAGGGCGAAGUCAUGAUCCCUUACUACCUGUACCCCGCGGAAGGUAAAUGGGAGCCUCUUGAGAAUCUUGUCACAUCCAACCCGGACGUGAAAUUCACCGUCAUCGUCAACCCCGACAACGGCCCAGGUGGCUCUACCACUCUUCAGGAUAAAAACUACCUCAGCUACGUCCCAAAGCUGGCUGCCCAUAGCAACGUGCGCCUGAUCGGAUACGUCUCAACCGCGUGGGGAGGUCGCGACAUCUCGCAAGUUCAAGCCGACAUCAAGCAGUAUGCCGAUUGGCCCUCUUCCAGCGGCGACUCGUCCUUCGCCGUGCAGGGUAUCUUCCUGGACGAGGGAGCCACUGCAUACAACGACGCCACCGUCUCUUACUACGAGCAGGCUGCCUCUCUGAUCAAGGAGAGCUCGGGUCUCGGUCCUGAUAACUAUGUUGUCGCCAACCCCGGCACUCCCCCUGAUGCUGCCUACCUCAAGAUGGUCGAUUCUUCCGUCAUCUUCGAGUCUCCGUACACCGAGUUCGAGAACGCCCUUUCCUCCAGUACCUUUGACAGUCUUAAAGACUCUACCGGUGGUGAUCGCGCCUCGAUGGUUUACAAUGUCCCUGAGAGCGUUGAUCUGUCUUCGGUCUUGGAGAAGGUGAAGGGCAUCUCCAACCAGGUCUACAUCUCCAACGUUGACAACUACGCCACCUACGACCCCGCUUGGGAUAAGGUUGCUCAACUGCUCGCUUCCAGCUAG